UUCUCUUUCUUUUCUUAGUUACGUCUUCUGAGAUGUACUUUACAAGCAUUAGUUAGGUGCAUCCUACAUGGUUGACUAUUUCAAAAACAUAUUUGUGAGUUGUUUGGUGAAUGAGAAGGAACUGUGAAUUGGAGAAGAAAUCACUGGAGAUGGACUUUUUCUCGGACUAUGGCGAUGCCAACCGGUAUAAAAUUCAAGAAGUAAUUGGGAAAGGCAGUUAUGGUGUUGUUUGUUCAGCUGUUGAUACUCAUACUGGUGAAAAAGUUGCAAUUAAAAAGGUUCAUGGUAUCUUUGAGCAUAUAUCCGACGCUGCACGUAUUCUUCGUGAGAUAAAGUUGCUCAGACUUCUUAGACAUCCGGAUAUUGUUGAAAUUAAGCACAUUAUGUUGCCUCCUUCAAGCAGAGAAUUCAAAGAUAUUUAUGUUGUUUUUGAGCUUUUGGAAUCUGAUCUGCAUCAAGUCAUUAAAGCCAAUGCCGACUUAACAAAAGAGCACUAUCAGUUUUUUCUUUAUCAGUUACUUCGAGCAUUGAAGUAUAUUCACACUGCAAAUGUCUAUCAUCGAGACUUGAAGCCAAAGAAUAUACUGGCCAAUGCAAACUGUAAACUUAAAAUCUGUGAUUUUGGGUUAGCUAGAGUUGCUUUCAGUGACACUCCAACAACUGUAUUUUGGACGGACUAUGUUGCUACAAGGUGGUAUAGAGCACCCGAGCUCUGUGGAUCAUUUUACUCAAAGUAUACGCCGGCAAUUGAUAUUUGGAGUAUAGGAUGCAUCUUUGCUGAAGUAUUAAUAGGAAAACCACUUUUUCCCGGAAAAAGUGUCGUACAUCAGUUGGAUCUGAUCACAGAUCUGCUCGGGACCCCCUCAAUGGAUUCUAUAUGUCGGGUACGCAAUGAUAAAGCAAGGAGAUACCUAACUAGUAUGAGGAAAAAGCAGCCUAUACCAUUUGCACAAAAAUUUCCUAAUGCAGAUCCUUUAUCACUACGGCUACUGGAGAGGUUGCUCGCCUUUGAUCCCAAAGACCGGCCUACUGCUGAAGAGGCAUUAGCUGAUCCUUACUUCAAGGGACUUGCGAAAAUUGAAAGGGAACCAUCUUGCGAGCCCAUUACACAAAUGGAGUUUGAAUUUGAAAAGAGAAGAGUAACAAAGGGAGAAAUCCGAGACUUGAUUUUCCAUGAGAUUCUAGAGUACCAUCCUCAACUAAAUGGAACAGAGAGAACUAAUUUUCUUUAUCCAAGUGCUGUUGAUCAAUUUGACAAGCAGUUCACUCAUCUUGAGGAAACUGGUGGUAAAAGUGAUCCUGUUGUGCCACUUGAAAGAAAACAUGCAUCGCUUCCCAGGUAAUUUAUUAACACAGUG